UUUUGGUUGGGACCGUCCCGCACCUAAGGCAGGAAGAUGGUGGCCGCGAAGAAGAUGAAAAAGUCGCUGGAGUCGAUCAACUCCAGGCUCCAGCUUGUUAUGAAAAGUGGAAAAUACGUGCUGGGGUACAAGCAGACUCUGAAAAUGAUCAGACAUGGCAAAGCAAAGCUGGUCAUCCUCGCCAACAACUGCACGGCCUUGAGGAAAUCUGAAAUAGAGUACUACGCCAUGUUGGCCAAAACUGGUGUCCAUCACUACAGUGGCAAUAAUAUUGAAUUGGGCACAGCAUGUGGGAAGUACUACAGAGUAUGCACGCUGGCUAUCAUUGAUCCAGGUGAUUCUGAUAUCAUUAGAAGCAUGCCAGAACAGACUGGUAAAAAGUAAAUCACGCAGAAUUUUUCUUUAAUA